AUGAUUUAUUUAGCUGCGGCAUAUCAAAAACAACUUGCUUUCUUUUUAAAUUUAUAUAAAACAGAGCCUUACAAAUGGUCGGUGCCGCAAAAUUACUCGCAGUCUGGAACGCUUUGGAUCUACGGUGAUUCACUUGGUCGUCGGCUGUACACAUCCGUCAAGGCUCGUCCCUUAUGUAAAUUACUUUAUAAAAAAUGUGGCAAUAGCUACAUGUGGAUCUACCAUGCUCACAACAAAGGCUUAAACAUUAAACUGGAAAGAGAUCUUGAUUUUAGACCUGAAAAAGUCAUCGAAACCGUUGUCAACGUUCUUCGCAAGCCAGAAAUGCAACAAGAGGAAAGCGUCUUGCUUUUAAACCUGGUGCUGCAUUUUGCAAAAAGCGUCAAUUUUACUACUUAUCAGAGGCUCAUAGAUGACUUGAUACUGGUUUUGAAGCCUAAAGAACUCUCACAUGGUGAGAGAGUUUCCGCAAAGUAUAAUGCUAAAAUCAUUUGGAAGUCAUCCACCGCCAUCUGCAAGGAAAAGGCCUCGUCCUCAAAGGAAACCGAUUUUCGAUUCUACACUUCCCAGCGAGUUGCCCUCUUCCACGCCUACUCCAUGUCAGCCAUGUGCAAAGCAGGAUUUGACGUCAUAGACGUGUAUCCAUUGACCGAUUCGUAUCCACAUAGAUGCCUAGACCAUGUUCAUUACAACAAGAUGGUUUUUUACAUGAUGGAGACAAUGCUUGAGCAGUACAAAGUAUACUAUAACAAGAAACUCGAAGAAAAUGAAAAACAUGGUAAAAUAAAACGUUGUGUAAGUAACGAAAAUGUCUGACAGCUUAGGUAGAACAACUGAAAGGUACGUUUUUAAACUGACAGUAAACAGUUUCGGUGGUGCAAGGUUUUGAAAAAUUCAGACUUAGUGGGAGAUUAAUUGAAAGAUAUACUAGAAAAAGAUGACAACUUUCUUUUAUAGUAAAGUCUUCAAUCGCAGACAACCAAAAUGAGAAAAUGUUUUCAACUGCAUUCCAAUUAACGACACUUUUAGAGCUGAAAUAAGGCCGAGUACCAACUUACCGGACCCCACCACCUUCUCUCUAGUGACAUUUUCAAAUUUCGUAGAAAGGUUGCAGUUGUAGUUGUACAGUAAUAGUAAAGGAUCAUCGUUUGUUUCACGAUGUACUGUGGUAACUUGUAAACUCGACUGGCUAGCCGUCACCUAGAAAGCACGAUGCCCUGCUCUGAUUGGUUGGUUUUCAACAGCUUUGAAUGGGGCAUUUUGAUCCUCUCUGUUUCUGUGAGUUGUUCCUCGGCGGUCCAUUGUCAUACUGCUCUCCUGUUUUGUGUUUCUUGAUCGUGA